UUCGGCCUGGGCGCUUUGAAAGAUGGCGGAUGCUUUUGGGGACGAGCUUUUCAGCGUGUUCGAAGACGACUCCACUGCUGAAGCCGGAGCCAAGAAAGACAAAGAAAAAGAGAAGGGGAAAUGGAAAGGACCGCCAGGGUCUGCAGAAAAGGGCGGGAAACAUUCUGAUGGUAAAUUGCCAUCAGAGUUAACUAAUAGUGGAAAAAACAAGAGGGAUACAGAUUUUGAAGGCACAGAUGAACCCAUUUUUGGAAAAAGACCCAGGAUAGAAGAGUCAAUAACUGAAGAUCUAAGUUUGGCAGAUCUGAUGCCCAGGGUUAAGGUACAGUCUGUUGAAACCGUUGAAGGAUGUACACAUGAGGUUGCGCUUCCUGCUGAUGAAGAUUAUUUGCCACUUAAGCCUCGAGUUGGAAAAGCCGCAAAGGAAUACCCAUUUAUACUCGAUGCUUUCCAAAGGGAAGCCAUUCAGUGUGUUGACAAUAAUCAGUCUGUUUUAGUAUCUGCACACACGUCAGCGGGAAAAACUGUAUGUGCUGAGUAUGCUAUUGCAUUGGCUCUAAGGGAAAAACAGCGUGUAAUAUUUACUAGCCCAAUUAAGGCUCUCAGUAAUCAGAAAUACCGUGAAAUGUAUGAAGAAUUUCAAGAUGUUGGUCUGAUGACUGGAGAUGUUACCAUUAAUCCUACAGCAUCUUGUCUAGUUAUGACUACAGAGAUUUUAAGAAGUAUGCUAUACAGAGGCUCUGAAGUUAUGCGAGAAGUUGCUUGGGUCAUCUUUGAUGAAAUUCAUUAUAUGAGAGAUUCAGAGCGUGGUGUGGUAUGGGAGGAAACGAUUAUUUUGCUUCCUGAUAAUGUCCACUAUGUCUUUCUUUCGGCUACCAUUCCAAAUGCCCGACAGUUUGCUGAGUGGAUUUGUCAUUUACAUAAACAGCCUUGUCAUGUAAUUUACACAGAUUAUCGACCCACUCCGCUGCAGCACUACAUUUUCCCAGCAGGGGGAGAUGGCCUUCACCUUGUGGUUGAUGAAAAUGGUGACUUCAGAGAAGAUAAUUUUAAUACUGCCAUGCAAGUGCUUCGAGAUGCAGGAGAUUUGGCAAAAGGGGACCAGAAGGGACGGAAAGGAGGAACCAAAGGACCAUCAAAUGUGUUCAAGAUUGUAAAGAUGAUUAUGGAAAGAAAUUUUCAGCCUGUAAUUAUUUUCAGUUUUAGUAAGAAAGAUUGUGAAGCUUAUGCUCUACAGAUGACCAAGCUGGAUUUCAACACAGAUGAAGAAAAGAAGAUGGUUGAAGAAGUAUUCAGCAAUGCAAUUGACUGCUUGUCUGAUGAAGAUAAAAAGCUCCCUCAGGUUGAACAUGUACUUCCUCUUUUGAAGCGAGGGAUUGGUAUUCACCAUGGAGGGCUACUUCCUAUUUUGAAAGAAACAAUAGAAAUUCUCUUUUCUGAAGGAUUGAUAAAGGCCUUAUUUGCGACAGAGACUUUCGCUAUGGGAAUUAACAUGCCAGCUAGAACUGUUUUAUUUACAAAUGCCCGUAAAUUUGAUGGGAAAGAUUUCCGAUGGAUUUCCUCUGGUGAAUACAUUCAAAUGUCUGGUCGUGCUGGAAGAAGGGGGAUGGAUGACAGAGGAAUUGUGAUUCUUAUGGUUGAUGAAAAGAUGAGCCCAACAGUUGGAAAACAGCUACUUAAGGGCUCAGCUGAUCCUCUCAAUAGUGCUUUCCAUUUGACCUACAACAUGGUUUUGAACUUACUGCGCGUUGAAGAAAUUAAUCCUGAGUAUAUGCUAGAAAAAUCCUUCUACCAAUUUCAGCAUUACAGAGCAAUUCCGGGAGUAGUAGAGAAGGUUAAGAACUCGGAACAACAGUAUAAUAAAAUAGUAAUUCCCAAUGAAGAAAGCGUAGUCAUCUAUUACAAGAUUAGACAGCAGCUUGCCAAAUUGGGUAAAGAAAUUGAAGAAUAUAUUCAUAAACCAAAAUACUGCUUACCGUUUCUACAGCCAGGUCGUUUGGUAAAGGUAAAGAAUGAAGGAGAUGACUUUGGCUGGGGAGUAGUGGUAAAUUUCUCAAAGAAGUCAAAUGUUAAGCCUAAUUCUGGUGAACUGGAUCCUUUAUAUGUUGUAGAAGUACUUUUACGCUGCAGCAAAGAGAGCCUGAAGAAUUCAGCUACAGAGGCUGCCAAACCAGCUAAGCCUGAUGAAAAAGGAGAGAUGCAGGUUUUACCCAUAUUUCUGCAUCUCUUGUCUGCUAUCAGCAGUGUUAGACUUUACAUUCCUAAAGACCUUCGGCCGGUGGACAAUAGACAGAGCGUGUUAAAAUCUAUACAGGAAGUUCAGAAACGUUUUCCUGAUGGUGUUCCCCUCUUGGACCCAAUUGAUGAUAUGGGCAUUCAAGAUCAGGGGCUGAAAAAAGUCAUUCAGAAAGUAGAGGCUUUUGAGCAUCGAAUGUAUUCUCAUCCACUUCACAAUGAUCCGAACUUGGAAACUGUGUAUACGCUUUGUGAAAAAAAAGCACAGAUUGCAAUAGAUAUUAAGUCUGCAAAGCGAGAGCUGAAGAAAGCAAGAACUGUUCUACAAAUGGAUGAACUUAAAUGUCGCAAGCGUGUCUUACGAAGGUUGGGAUUUGCUACUUCUUCUGAUGUCAUAGAGAUGAAGGGACGCGUAGCUUGUGAGAUAAGCAGCGCUGAUGAGCUCCUGCUAACCGAGAUGAUGUUUAAUGGCCUUUUCAAUGAUCUUUCUGCAGAGCAAGCAACAGCCUUGUUAAGUUGCUUUGUGUUUCAAGAGAAUUCUAGUGAGAUGCCCAAAUUAACAGAACAGUUGGCAGGACCACUUCGUCAGAUGCAGGAAUGUGCUAAAAGAAUUGCAAAAGUGUCAGCAGAAGCGAAAUUGGAAAUUGAUGAGGAAACUUACCUCAGCUCCUUCAAGCCUCACUUGAUGGACGUGGUAUACACCUGGGCAACGGGGGCCACCUUCGCCCACAUCUGCAGAAUGACCGAUGUCUUUGAAGGCAGCAUAAUUCGUUGUAUGAGGCGCCUGGAAGAAUUGCUUCGACAGAUGUGUCAGGCUGCAAAAGCCAUUGGAAACACUGAACUGGAAAAUAAAUUUGCUGAAGGAAUCACCAAAAUCAAGAGAGAUAUUGUGUUUGCUGCCAGCCUCUACUUAUAAAUGUGAGACUUUAAAAUUAUUCACCAUCUGCUCACAUUUGACUGCAAG